AAAAAUGAAGACAAGGUAUUGAAAAAGACAAACUUUUUUGAGUUUUGAAUUUCAUUCGAAAGAAAUUUCCUUACACGUUAUUGGCUCUUCCUUUCUUUGACAAUAACUACUACAACAACGUUCACCAAAUCAAAAACAGUUCAAUAAUUUCAAAUACAUUACAACGCCACCCAAAAAAAGGUUAAUUCACUUUCUUCCUUCUUUUCAUCUCCAGGUUCUCUCUUUCCAGAUUUUCCCUUCAUUUUUUCACUUCCCAAACAGAGAGAGAGAGAGAGAGAGAGAGAGAGAGAGAGAGUUAUGCCGAAUUGGGAACUCAAGAACUGUUGCCAGCACGACCAGGUCGUCUUCUUAGUCACCAUCGGUGUCUUCUCCCUUGUUAUCCUUGCGCUAUGGAGGACAAUACUAAUGACGCCUUUUAAGCUCAUUACCGUAUUUUUGCAUGAAGCAAGUCAUGCAAUUGCUUGCAAACUUACAUGUGGUGAUGUAGAAGGAAUUCAGGUUCAUGCAAAUGAAGGUGGGGUGACACAAACACGUGGUGGUAUCUAUUGGGUGAUCUUGCCUGCUGGAUAUCUUGGUUCAUCAUUUUGGGGGAUGGCUUUGAUACUUGCAUCCACGAAUCUGACUACUGCAAGGAUAGCUGCUGGUUGUUUAGGUGUUGCAUUAUUGGUCGUGCUCUUUAUUGCUCAAAAUUGGACACUUCGAGGUCUUUGUAUUGGAUUCAUUAUUUUCCUUGCUGUUGUUUGGAUAUUGCAAGAAACAACAACAGUACGGAUUCUUCGUUAUGUCAUUCUGUUCAUUGGAGUUAUGAACAGCUUGUUUUCAGUUUAUGAUAUUUAUGAUGACCUAAUAUCUCGAAGAGUUCACUCUAGUGAUGCUGAGAAGUUCGCAGAACUUUGCCCUUGUCCUUGUACUGGCGUUGGUUGGGGAGUGAUUUGGGGAAUGAUAUCAUUUACUUUUCUUUGUGGAUCCAUAUAUCUUGGACUUGUGAUCUUAUCUUGAGGUGACAAAUGUUUCUUGAUGAACUAGAGGGCUUUCCAUAUUCAUUGCCCCUUCUUUGGCAUUUCUUAACAUUGGAACAUUCUCACUGGAUUCAUCUGGCAGUUAAUAGUGUGUUCUUGAGUAGUCUGUACGUAAUGCCUCAUUCUUUUUAACCCCUUCUGCAUGGGGUUACAUAGCGACCUAUGAUUUGUUUGUACAGAAUACAGUUGCCAUUAUUGAUUCGAAAUUUAGGUGAAACUCAAUCUGGAGAUCGUUUGUUCUUUGUUUA